GCUCCAUUACGUCACAACGACGGCGUCCGAGUCCGUUGUCUAGUGUCAUUUUUUGACGACUUUUCGUCAUUUAUUAAUUCUAAUAACCAACCAAUAGUUAAGCUGAGCGGCUUGAGAAAAGACGACCAGACGUGUGGACAUGUCAGAAAUUAUCUGUUCACAGGACUUUGUUUUAAGUGCCGGGUCGGUGGCUAGCAGCCUGGCCCGCCUUGGACGCUUCGACACUGGACUACAGCACCCAUACCACCACGUCUCACUUCCCGGUCGCAGGCUCGGGGACGUCUCAGUUUUGUGUGAUUAUGUUCACCUGCAAAACCUGGACCUGUCAAACAAUGGAAUUACAGAUCUAUCAUGUGUGAGCCACAUGCCCUUCCUCGUCAUCCUGGAUGUCUCUCACAAUGAAAUCUCGGAUUUCUUUGGCUUCGAGCCUCCGAAGAACCUGAAGGAGGUCAACUACUCCUUCAACAAUUUGACAGAAAUGAAGGACAUGUCGGACUACGAGGCGCUCGUCAAGCUAGAUCUGGACCACAACCGCUUGAAGCAGAUCCACGGUUUGGAAAAGUGCCGCAAAUUGAGCUAUCUCAGCGCGGCACACAACAUCAUCGCCAGCGUCUGUGGUCUGGACGAUGUGCCGCUUAAAGACCUCAACCUGAGGGGGAACCAGUUGCAAAGCACGGAAGGUCUGGAGAACCUAAAGAGGAUACAAACUCUGGAUCUGUCCGUGAACUACAUCAGCAGUCUCGCCAGUCUCACCAACCUGCACCUGCUGGGCUCUAUCAACAUGGAAAGAAAUCAGAUUCGCGAGAUAGAGGAGUGUAAGCACAUUCAAAAUCUUCUCCUGCUGAGGGAAUUGAAUCUUUUGGAGAACCCUGUACAGGAGCAACCCGACUACAGGUUGUCGGUGGUCUUCCUCAUUCAGCAUCUGACCACGUUGGACCAAGAGAAAGUCACUGUUGAAGAGAAGGUGUUGUCCAUCAACAAGUAUGACCCACCUAUGGAUGUUGUGGCGUCCAGAGAUCAUAUGACCCAGCUGAUGUAUCAGCUGAUGCAGCCUCAGCACCUCUAUGACACCAUUCUACCCAACGAUGACGCUCCGUAUCCGAUGCUAGUUCUGGUUGGCCCGCAAAGCUGUGGGAAAAGAGAGAUGGCCCAUCGCCUAUGCGAGGACUUUGGAGACUUCUUAGCACAGGGGAUCAGUCACACCACCAGGGAGCCCUACUCUGGCGAGGAAAACGGCAGGGACUACCAUUUCAUCAGCGAGGAAGAGUUCGAGCUACUUGUGCAAAGGGGGGCUUUCCUCCAGACUGUCCAGUACGGCAGCCACAAGUACGGCCUGAGCAGGGACGCCGUUGAAGAGGUUGCCCGGGAAGGGCUGGCGUGCUGCGUUCAAAUGGAGCUGGAGGGCGUGCUGAGUUUGAAGAAGAGCACCUUUGAACCCCGCUACGUUCUGCUCAUCCCCACCAUAGCGGAGAACUACAAGGCCAUGCUGAGAAGUCGAAAGCUCUACACGGACGCCCAGAUGGACGCGGCCUUGUCUCGCAUCGAGCUGUACGACAAUUUCAACAGGGAGCGGCCCGGCUUCGACAGCAUCAUUCGUUGCGACAACUGGGAGAGAGCCUACCAGAUGCUGGAGCGGGUCGUGAAGAACUACCUGUUUUAUGAGGACCAGGAAGAAGAGCAAGGGCUCGGUGAGGGUAAUAAAAAAGAGAAACCGCCCACAGAGGAGCUAAGGUCAGACUCAUCCACUUCGACCCUCAACUCCUCAGAGCCCCUCUACAGAAACUAUUGCACCCAGGCCCAGCAACAGCUCACCUCCCACAAGACUCCUACUGAACUGGCUUCCAUCCGCAGGCGGGAGGAGCCGAUGAGAGAGGCAGUCAUGGGGAAGAGUCCGGGGGUCUACAGUUGGCUCAUCAGAAGCUCAGAUGAAUCUCCGGGACAUUCAGCAGAUACGAUCAAAGGUGACAAGCAGCCGCACCAAGCACCGACUGGCAUCACGCCCCUUACUGACAGACGUCCGGGAUCCAGCGCCAAGCCUGUCCUGCCUCCUAUCCCCCCUGGACGGAAGACACCGCAAGCCAACAGCCCGCAGCCAUCGCCCAGCCGCCGACACGUCCAAGCCAGCACGCAAGGAUAGCGUUGAGUUUUUUUUCUUUUCCCCCCCCAUCAUUUUUAAUUGGUCAUCAAGGCUCACGUUGCCCUUUGGCCUCAUGUUUCAAAUUAGGGAUCGGGUUUCAAAGUGUAAACAAUGAGGCACACCUGGCCAUCCAUCACUGUCCGUCUUGCUCCAGAGGCAGCAGAUGUUGCAGUGCCGUCAUAAUUCUUUGGCAGAUAUUGUCUCCGUGACAGACCCCCCCGAGGUCUAACCUACUUACGCUGCAGUCGGCACCGCUUUCUACAAAGUCAGUGUCGACAAUCAGUGGCCUUUUAUAUACGGGCCAUUUAAGUCUGUACAAACCUUGUACUGUCACUCCCCCGGUGGGCCUUUUUUUAAUUUGUGUCAAUGGACAAAAAAACGCUGGAAGAACAACAGAGAAAGGACAAGAACAUAAACCAAGGAUAUGACUACAAUCUAAUAGUGACUCACAAAUCAUCCAGACAUAAAAUACAUAUUUGAAUUAUGACUUAACAGUUUUUCUCCAGCACAGCACUACCUGCUGGAUCUGGUGAGGCACUGGACAAUUUGCUAUUAAAUGAAUAUUUUGCUAAGAUGAUGGAAGUCAGGUCAAGUUUAUUUGUUCGCCCCCCCCAUCCCAAGAGAAGCGACACGAAGUGAGUAUCGCAUAAACAUU